AUGCCUGCAAUUCAGUUGAUGACAGGGUCUUCAGUUACAAAUACAAAGAAUCAAAACAGCGUUUCCAGCCCGCUUCCGUCUCUACUCCAGACGCCUUCGGGGCUCGCCAUCGUUGAAAUCCAAGGAACGAUCCAUGGUCCGUUCCAGGACGAGUCGACAGAGGAUCAAGGCCCGGCUACGAUGACUAGGCCAAUUGGCCGACUGGAGUUCCCUCUCUUCAACCCUGAGGACAAAGAGGACGGGAAAUGGAUGAAGAAGGUCUAUCUCUACGUCGGCAAGCAUCAACGCUUGACGGGUGAAGUCAAGAAAUUGGCAAAACCUCUCGCUGUGAUCCGGAAGAUCGACCAGAGUGAUGAUGCGGGAGAUGCCGACUCGAUCGGUGGAGGAUCGAAUGAGAACUUGGAUAUCCUCGAUAUCGUCAAGUAUAAACUACUCUUCAGCGGGAGGCCGGAGCCUGUGGGGGAGUGA